AUCAAGAUUUCAACUUUAUCUUUGACCAACAGCCAUUGGGAAGACGACUUUUUAUAGAGUUUUGUAACACUGUAGAACUGUACAGAAGGUCCAUCGGGUUCCUCAACGCAGUGGCAGAGUAUGAAAUCAUAUCUGAGGAAAAGAGACACGCAAAAGCAGAGGAAAUAGUUGAAACUUACCUUAAUCCAGAAUCUGAAAACUACAUUAGACAUGUCAACGGGAACCACAUCUCAGAGAUUAAAGAUAUUAUGAGCCAGAAAAAGUCCUGCAAGGCACUGUUUGAUAAUUGCUCCAAAAUGGUUAGGGAAUAUUUAAGCAAAGAGCCAUUUUCUGAUUUUUUGGAGAGCAUGUAUUUCCAGCGGUUCAUGCAGUGGAAGUGGUUGGAGGCUCAACCAGUCACCAAAAAUACAUUUAGAAUGUAUCGGGUACUUGGUAAGGGAGGAUUUGGUGAAGUGUGUGCGUGUCAAGUGCGUGCCACAGGCAAGAUGUAUGCCUGCAAGAAAUUAGAGAAGAAACGGAUAAAGAAACGAAAGGGCGAAGCUAUGGCACUGAAUGAAAAACAGAUUCUUCAGAAGUUAAACUCCAGAUUUGUAGUAAAUCUAGCCUAUGCAUUUGAGACAAAAGAUGCUCUCUGCUUGGUUCUAACGAUAAUGAAUGGAGGAGAUCUCAAAUUCCACAUCCACAACAUGGGAAACCCUGGCUUUCCAGAGCAACGGGCAGUGUUCUAUGCAGCUGAAAUUACAUGUGGUUUGAAUGAUUUACACAAGGAAAGAAUAGUUUACAGAGAUUUGAAACCAGAAAAUAUAUUACUGGAUGACAAUGGACAUGUAAGAAUCUCAGAUUUGGGGCUUGCUGUGGAAAUACCUGAGGGAGAAUCAAUACGAGGCCGUGUAGGCACUGUAGGCUACAUGGCCCCUGAAGUUGUGAAAAAUGAAAGAUAUACAUACAGUCCUGACUGGUGGGGUCUAGGAUGUAUAAUAUAUGAAAUGAUCGAAGGCAGGUCACCAUUUCGUGCACGGAAAGAAAAAGUUAAAAGGGAAGAGGUGGACAGAAGAGUGAAGGAAGAACAGGAAGUUUACUCUUCCAAGUUUAGUGAGGAGUGCAGGAGUAUUUGUACAGAUCUUCUACAGAAAUCCCCAUCGAGUAGGCUUGGCUGUGGUCCAGAAGGUGGGGAGGAAGUAAAAUCUCAUAACUUUUUCAGGAAUAUAAACUUUAAGAGGUUAGAAGCUGGAAUGGUAGAUCCUCCUUUUGUACCUGAUCCAAGAGCUGUCUAUUGCAAGGACGUCUUGGACAUUGAGCAGUUCUCAACAGUGAAAGGUGUCAACCUGGAUGCUAGUGAUGAUUCAUUUUACAGUAAAUUCAACACAGGCAGCGUAUCCAUACCCUGGCAGAACGAGAUGCUGGAAACCGAGUGUUACAAGGAGCUAAAUGUAUUUGGGCCCAAUGGCGGACCUUCACCUGACCUCAUUGAAGGCUUGCCCCCACAGCCACCUCAGAGAAGCUUCUUUGAUAAGCUGUUUAGGAGACGACCGCAUGUUGAUCAUUGA